GGAGAGUAUAGGAGGGAGGUGUGUGGCUCUGCUGCUGCUGCUGGAGAAAAUCCACUCCAGACAGAUGCAUUUCCUCUGCUCCAGCACGACCGGGAGGCUGCUUUAAAACUUCCAGCCCACAACAUUUUCUUCCUCUCUCCACGCUGACUCGCCACCAGAGAGGAGGAAGCUCUCUAGACCUCUGCAAGCUCAUCCUUUUGUUCUCUGCAUUUCUUUCAUGUCUUGUGAGACUUCCUGAGGACCUCAAGAGAAGCUGAAUCUCUGCAUCUGCGGGUCAGAUGUUAGUUACUGUGCGUGCAAAGUUGUUUUUACAGCUAGUUUAAGAUUCUGGAGUACUUCUGGUCUGUCCCAGUCUGCAGAGUUUUUACCGGAGGAAUGAGGGCUGAGGUGCUGGUCGUCUGGGUUGGUUUGACAUUGUGCUGCGCUCUGGUCUGCGCUCAAGAAGAUGUGGAGGAGAACAAACUCUCCAGAGGUGGGAUUCAGGUGAGGGAAACACGAGGACUGGUCAAGAACAGGAGAAAGGGGGAGGAGGGGGACGCUGAAAUGUCAGAUGUGCCGGCUGAAGUGGUCGAAGAGAAGACAAAACCAAAGAAGAAGAAAUCACCUGAGGAAAUUGAGGCAGCCAGAGCAAAGAAAGCAGCAGAGAAAGAAGCCAAAGCAAAGAAGCAGAAAGCCCCAAAACCCACUAAAAAGCCCAAAGCCCCAAAACCCACCAAAAAACCAAAAGCACCAAAACCCACAAAGAAGCCAAAGGCGCCCAAAGCCACCAAGAAACCGAAGGUGAUGACCACAGUGCGGCCGGAUACCAAGAAUCCCUCUCUGGACGAGGAGGAGGAGAGGCUGCUGAUUGAACUGGGCUGGGGCACACUGAUUCGACCUGCGACCCCAAAGGGAUGGGAGGAGCCUGUCGAGCCGGGCCUGGUAAAGAAGCCAACACCUCCAACAAAAACCCGCAGUGAGCUCGACGCCGACUACUGGGAUGCCGGACGUGAUAUCAGGCCUGGUGGAUACCCUGAUAACAAGAAAGCCACGACUCCUGAGGUCAUCAUGUAUAUACCAGAGGAAACCACCGCCCCAUAUAUCGGCCCCUGGUAUGAAGAGUAUGAUUACGCCGACUUGGCUGCUAAGAAACAAGAAGAAGAGGAGGAGAGGGCCCGAAAAGAAAAGGCUGAAAAAGCUGAGCGGCUGAGGAAGAAGUGGGAGGAGGAGGAGGAGGAGAGACUGAGGCAGAUCGCAAUACCUGUUGAACCUAAAAAGUGUCCUCCUCUGGGCCUGGAGUCUCACCGGGUGGAGGACGACCAGCUGCUGGCUUCCUCUCAGUCUCACCACGGCUUCACGGCUCAGAGGGGACGACUGAACAUGCAGGGCACUGAUGAUGAGGAGGAUCUGUACGGCGGUGCGUGGUGCGCAGAGCCAGAGGAGACUAACCACUGGUUUGAGGUGGAUGCCCGGCGAGAGGUGGAGUUCACUGGGGUCAUCACUCAGGGAAGAAACUCGGAGCAAAUAGAGGAUUUUGUGUCGUCCUACUACGUGGCCUUCAGUAACGACAGCCGUGACUGGACUACACUGCAUGACGGCUACGCUGAAUGGUUGUUCUACGGGAACGUGGACAGGGACACGCCGGUGAUGAAUCAGUUUGCUGCGCCCGUGGUGGCACGCUACAUCCGCAUCCUGCCUCAGAGCUGGAACGGCAGCUUGUGUCUCAGAGCUGAGAUCCUGGCCUGUCAACUACCCAGCAGCUACCAGAGUGAGAAUGAGGUCAGCUCCUCAGACGACCUGGACUUCAGACACCACAACUACAAGGAGAUGAGACAGAUGAUGAAGGUGAUAAAUGAAGAGUGUCCCAACAUCACCAGGAUCUACAACAUUGGUAAAAGCUCUCAGGGCCUGAAGAUGUACGCCAUGGAGAUCUCUGACAACCCCGGAGAGCACGAGACAGGUGAGCCUGAAUUUCGGUACACGGCCGGUCUCCACGGUAACGAGGCGCUAGGUCGAGAGCUUCUCCUCCUGCUGAUGCAGUUUCUGUGCAAAGAGUACAAUGACGAGAACCCCAGAGUGCGCCGCCUGGUGGACGGAGUGAGAAUACACCUGGUGCCUUCACUCAACCCUGAUGCUUACGAGCUGGCGUUUGAGAUGGGCUCCGAGAUGGGGAACUGGGCUCUGGGCCACUGGACCGAAGAAGGUUACGACAUUUUCCAGAACUUCCCAGACCUCAACAGCAUCCUGUGGGGAGCCGAGGACAGAGGCUGGGUCCCUCGUAUCGUGCCCAAUCAUCACAUCCCACUCCCGGAAAACUUUCUCAAUAGCUCUCAGCUUGGUACUGAGACAAAAGCCAUCAUUGCCUGGAUGGAGCGCAACCCAUUUGUUCUGGGAGCUAAUUUGCAAGGAGGAGAAAAACUGGUCGCGUAUCCUUUUGACAUGCAGCGACCACCAAUUUCUAUGACCGACAGCCGGCGCUGGAGAGGUAACUCUGAGAUGAACGAGGAGACGUGGGCUCGCAUCCAGCGGCAGAAUGAGGGAUCUCUGAGGGAGACUCCUGAUGACGCCAUGUUCAGAUGGUUGGCGAUGUCUUACGCCCACAGUCAUCUGACCAUGACGGAGACUUACCGAGGCUCCUGCCAUGGCGAUGAUAUCACUGCGGCACAGGGCAUCAUCAACAGAGCCAGCUGGAAUCCAGUAGUGGGCAGUAUGAAUGACUUCAGCUACCUGCACACCAACUGCUUUGAGCUGUCCAUCUUCCUGGGCUGUGACAAGUUUCCCCAUGAGAGUGAGCUGCCUCUGGAGUGGGAGAACAACCGCGAGGCUCUGUUGUCCUUCAUGGAACAAGUAAAUCGAGGGAUAAAGGGUGUCGUGAGAGACGUGGAGGGAAAUCCACUGUCUAAUGCCACCAUAUCUGUGGAGGGAAUACGGCAUGAUGUCAGAACUGCUUCAGGUGGUGACUACUGGCGGCUGUUGAAUCCCGGAGAGUACAGAGUGACAGCCAAAUCUGACGGCUACACCCCUCAGACCAGACUAUGCAUGGUGGGCUACGACUCUGGAGCCACUUCCUGCAGCUUCACCUUAGCCAAAUCCAACUGGGACCGCAUCAAACAAAUCAUGGCGCUCAAUGGGAAGAGGCCCAUCCGACUGGUCCCCAAAGUGGUGAAAACAACUCCAGCCACCAUCCCUGAGGUGACCACCGUCUACAAUCACGCCAGAGCCCAGAGAGCGGAGCGACUCAGGCGGCUCAGGAUCAUGCGUUUACGCCGACUGCGUCAGCAGAGAUUACGAGGCGGGCUCAGGACCACUCCUACUACAACAACCACAACAACCACAACAACCACAACAACAACAGUCCCCACAACAACACCCGAAACAGAGAAAACCACCUCCUGGUAUGACUCCUGGUUUCCAGUGGACAGUUGGAUGACAGAGAACCCGUUCGACAGCGUCAUCUUUGAGUCGGCGCCCACACAGGACUAUCCCUUCGAGUUCACCAUUGAUUGAUUACCACAUUCUGUGACAUCACCUCUAUGUAAGACCUUACUAACCACUUCAGUUUGCUGCAACAUCACAGCUUUAACAAUCACACCACACAAAGGUUGUUAAAUAUUUAGACCUCAGAACGUCUUUGGGUAAAGAUUGUGAGAGAAAUAAAUGUGACUUUAAAGGAAUGUCCAUAAGAUAAGUGUUUUUGGAAGAUUCUUCACAGAGAAUUGAUCUGAAAUAGAAAGCUUCUGCCGAGCAGAGACGAUACCGCACAACUUUAAUUCAAAAAACAGUAUACAGCAUGGAGCAACACCAGCGGGAUAUGAUUAGGUACCUCUCCAUUAGAAAUAUAUGUAUAUCUUUAUGUUUCUUUAAUGGCUUUACAGUGUGAUUUCUGGCCUCAGUUAAACUGAUUUAAUGUACUGCUGAAUGCAUUUGAUUAAAAUGAAGUUAUUUUCUAAAA